AUGAAAUGUCCGUGCAACUGGCUGGUGCACUAUAUUCGGGCAGGGAUUUCACCGGUGUUGACGUUAGUAAGCAACGAGCGCAUCCCGUUCACUCCAACGAUGCGCAUGAUCUUUGAAAUCGCCGAUAUGAAGCAUGCAAGUCCCGCGACGGUCUCAAGAGGUGGGGUUGUUUUUAUAAAUGAGACAGACGUGGGGUGGAAACCCUUCGUUGACUCUUGGAGAGAAACCCUUUCCGACCAGGUGGCUCAGUCCCAGUUCUACUUGCUCUUCUCCUACUAUUUCGAAUCCCUUAUGGUUCAGCAUAAUAUAGACAUGUUUCGGCGGACGUUUAAGUUUGUGUGUCCGAUGACGGACAUUGCGUUUGUGGAUGGAAUUUGCUGUUUCGUGGAUUCUUUGUUGAAUAGAGACAAAGCGGCUGCAGAAGCAUUUAAACAAAAAAGUGUCGAAGAACAAAAACUGACUUAUGAGGGCUUCUUUCUCUCCGCUCUUAUGUGGACCGUUGGCGGAUGCGUAGCAGACGACAAGGCCGUCAACUACAGGUCUCAGUUUAGCAGUUGGCUAAGGGCAGCCGCUCGCAUUAAAUUCCCUGAAGGCGGUCUUUGUUUCGAUUACUUCUUUGAAGAGAAGACGUGUCAGUGGGUGCCGUGGAGUUCGCAAUUAAAGCCUUAUGAGCCCGUCACCGAAAUGCUCUUCAACAAAAUCAUCGUUUCCACAACAAGUAUUAUUCGUAUCAACUACGUUAAUGAACUUUUCUGCAAAAGAGGAAGAGCCGUUCUCCUCGUUGGCUCAUGCGGCUCUGGCAAGAGCACAAUCGUGAAGGUAUUACAAGUUAAAAAUAUUUGGUUGUAA